AAUUCGAAAGGUCUCAGGGACCAGGCUGAGAGCUGGGAGCUGGGCACAAUACGAUACCUAUGAUUUGUCCCUCACUAUGGGGAAAGGCAGAUUUCUUCACUCAUGUCUCAUGCUAUUUCUCCUCGUCCUGUUCUCUACCAACACCUCAGAUUCUGCAGAACCGCACUACAUGGUGCUGGUCCCCUCCCUGCUCCACACUGGGACCCCUGAGAAGGGCUGCCUCCUUCUGAGGCACCUGAAUGAGACGGUGACCGUAAGCGCCUCCUUGGAGUCCCUCAGAGAGAACAGAAGCCUCUUUAUCGAUGUGGUGACAGAGAAAGACUUAUUCCACUGUGUCUCCUUCACUAUCCCAAGAUCUCCAUCCAAUGAGGAGGUAAUGUUCCUCACUAUCCAAGUGAAAGGACCAACCCAAGAAUUCAAGAAGCGGACCACAGUGUUGAUUAAAAAUGAAGAGAGUCUGGUCUUUGUCCAGACAGACAAACCCAUCUACAAACCAGAGCAGACAGUGAAAUUUCGUGUUGUCUUGUUGGAUGAAAAUUUUCACCCCCUGAAUGAGUUGGUUCCACUAGUAUAUAUUGAGGAUCCCAAAGGAAAUCGCAUCAUGCAAUGGCAGAAUGUCAAGGUAGAGGGUGGCCUCAAGCAGUUGACCUUUCCGCUCUCAUCAGAGCCCUUUCAGGGCUCCUAUAAGGUGGUGGUACAGAAGGAAUCAGGUGAAAUGGCAGAGCACCGCUUCACCGUGGAGGAAUUUGUGCUUCCUAAGUUUGAAGUGCAAGUAAGAGUGCCAAGGAUAAUCACCAUCUUGGAAGAAGAGAUGAAUGUGUCGGUGUGUGGCCUAUACACAUAUGGGAAGCCUGUCCCAGGACGUGUGACUAUAAACAUGUGCAGAAAGUACAGUAACCCUUCUAACUGCUUUGGUGGAGAAUCACAUGCUGUCUGUGAGAAGUUCAGUCAGCAGCUAAACAGCCAGGGCUGCUUCUCUCAGCAAGUAAAGACCAAGAUCUUCCAAAUGAAGAGACAAGAGUUUGAAAUGAAAAUUGAAGUGGAGGCCAAGAUUCAAGAAGAAGGAACAGAGGUGGAAUUAACUGGAAAAGGGACCACUGAAAUAACAAGAACCAUAACCAAACUCUCAUUUGUGAAAGUAGACUCAGACGCUAGACGAGGGAUUCCCUUCUUUGGGCAGGUGCGCCUAGCGGAUGGAAAAGGUGUCCCUAUACCAAACAAACUCAUCUUCAUCACAGCAGAUGAAGCCCACUAUGACUCCAACGCCACCACUGAUGAGCAAGGCCUGGUGCAGUUCUCCAUCAACACCACCAGCAUCACAGGCACCUCCCUCACUGUCAGGGUCAAACACAAGGAUCACAGUCCCUGUUAUGGCUACCAUUGGCUGUCAGAAGAAUAUGAAGAAGCUUAUCACACUGCUAAUCUUGUAUUCUCCCGAAACAAGUGCUUUGUCCACCUUGAGCCCUUGCCUCGUGAACUGCCCUGCGGCCAAGCUCAGACAGUCCAAGCACAUUAUGUACUGAAUGGACAGGUCCUGCAGGAGCUGAAGGAGCUCGUGUUCUAUUACCUGGUAAUGGCAAAGGGAGGCAUUGUCCGAUCUGGGACUCACGUACUGCCCGUGCACCAGGGAGACAUGAAAGGCCAUUUUCCCCUGUCAGUGCCUGUGGAGUCAGACAUCGCUCCCGUCGCUAGGUUGCUCAUCUAUGCCAUUUUACCUGAUGGGGAAGUGGUUGGGGACUCUGCAAAAUAUGAGGUCGAAAACUGUCUGGCCAACAAGGUGGGUUUGAACUUCAGCCCAGCACAGAGUCUCCCAGCCUCCCACGCCCACCUGAAAGUCACCGCUUCCCCUCAGUCCCUCUGCGCCCUCCGCGCCGUGGACCAAAGUGUGCUGCUCAUGAGUCCCGAGGCCGAGCUCUCCGCGGCCACGGUUUAUAACCUGCUACCAGUAAAGGACCUCAACGGUUUCCCGGAGCGUUUAAAUCAACAGAAGGAAGACAAUGAAGACUGCAUCAGUCACCAUAAUAUCUAUGUCAAUGGGAUCAUGUAUUCCCCAGUAUCAAAUACAAAUGAAAAAGAUAUGUAUAGCUUCCUAAAGGAUAUGGGCUUAAAGGUAUUCACCAACUCAAAAAUUCAUAAACCCCAAAUAUGUCCACAGCCUCAACAAUAUAAAAUACAGUCAUCUCAAAGACUGUUAUCUUCUCCAGUCGUAGCUGAAAUGGGAAGAGGUCAUGAACUUAUGCAUAUAAUAGAUAUUUCAGAGCCUCCCACAGAGACUGUGCGAAAGUACUUCCCUGAGACAUGGAUCUGGGAUUUGGUGGCAGUAGACUCCUCGGGUGUGGCUGAAGUAGGAGUAAUAGUCCCCGAUACCAUCACUGAGUGGAAGGCAGGGGCCCUCUGCUUGUCCAGUGACACUGGACUUGGUCUCUCUCCAACUGCCUCUCUCCGAGCCUUCCAGCCCUUCUUUGUGGAUCUCACGAUGCCCUACUCUGUGAUCCGCGGAGAAGCCUUCACACUCAAGGCCACUGUGUUAAACUACCUUCCCAAAUGCAUCCGGGUCAGUGUGCACCUAGAAGCCUCUCCUGCAUUCCUAGCUGUCCCAGGAGAGAAGGAACAAGAGACUCAGUGCAUCUGUGGGAAUGGCCGGCAAACCGUGUCCUGGGCAGUAACCCCAAAGUCAUUAGGGAAUGUGAAUUUCACAGUGAGUGCAGAGACACUGGAGUCUCAAGAGCUGUGUGGGACCGAGGUGGCUGUGGUCCCUGAACAUGGAAGGAAAGACACAGUCAUCAAGCCCCUGUUGGUGGAACCUGAAGGACUAGAGAAGGAAGCAACAUUCAACUCCCUGCUUUGUCCAUCAGGUGCCGAGGUGUCUGAAAAAUUAUCUCUGAAGCUGCCACCAAAUGUGGUAGAAGAAUCUGCCCGAGCCUCCUUCUCAGUUUUGGGAGACAUAUUAGGCUCUGCCAUGCGAAAUACACAAAAUCUCCUCCAAAUGCCCUAUGGCUGUGGAGAACAGAAUAUGGUCCUCUUUGCUCCUAACAUCUACGUUCUGGAUUAUCUAAAUAAAACACAGCAACUGACUGCAGAGGUCAAGUCCAAGGCCAUUCACUACCUCAACACUGGUUACCAGAGACAGCUGCUCUACAGGCACUAUGAUGGCUCUUAUAGCACCUUUGGGGAGCAACAUGGCACCAAUGAGGGUAAUACCUGGCUCACAGCCUUUGUACUGAAGAGUUUUGCCCAGGCUCGAACCUAUAUCUUCAUUGAUGAAGCACAUAUUACCGAAGCUCUCAACUGGCUCUCCCAAAAGCAGAGGGACAGUGGCUGUUUCAGGAGUUCUGGGUCACUGCUCAACACCCGUGUCUCUCUCUCAUAUUUACAGGGAGGAGUGGACGAUGAAGUGACCCUCUCUGCCUAUAUCACCAUUGCCCUUCUGGAGAUUCCUCUCCCUGUCACUCACCCUGUCAUCCGCAAUGCCCUGUUCUGCCUGGAGUCAGCCUGGAAGUCAGCCAAGGAAGGAUCCCGAGGCAGCCACGUCUACACCAAGGCACUGUUGGCCUAUGCCUUUGCCCUGGCAGGUAACCAGGAAAAGAGGAGAGAAUUACUCAAGUCACUUGAUGAGGAAGCCGUAAAUGAAGGUAAUUCUGUCCACUGGACACGACCUCAGAAACCCAAGGCACGAGUGGAGCAUUUGUACGAACCCCGGGCUCCCUCUGCUGAAGUGGAGAUGACAGCCUAUGUGCUCCUCGCUUACCUCACAGCCCAGCCUGCCCUGACCUCAGAGGACCUGACCCCCGCCACGCACAUCGUGAAGUGGAUCUCAAGGCAGCAGAACUCCCACGGGGGCUUCUCCUCCACCCAGGACACUGUGGUGGCUCUCCAUGCUUUGUCCAAAUAUGGAGCAGCCACUUUCACCAGGACUGGGAAGGCUGCACAGGUGACCAUCCAAUCUUCAGGGACAUUUUCCACAAAAUUCCGAGUGGACAACAGCAACCUCCUGUUACUACAGCAGGUUUCAUUGCCAGAGGUGCCCGGAGAGUACAGCAUGACAACGACAGGAGAAGGAUGUGUGUACCUCCAGACAUCUUUGAAAUACAAUAUUCUCCCGAAAAAGGAAGAGUUCCCAUUUGCUUUGGAUGUGCAGACUCUGCCCCAAACCUGUGACGGACCCAAAGCUCACACCAGCUUCCAAAUCUCACUGAGAGUCAGUUACACCGGAAGCCGUCCAGCCUCCAACAUGGUGAUUGCUGACGUGAAAAUGGUAUCUGGUUUCAUUCCCUUGAAACCAACAGUGAAAAUGCUUAAAACAUCUGACCACGUGAGCCGAACAGAAGUCACCAACAACCAUGUUUUGAUUUACCUGGAUAAGGUGACCAAUCAGACCCUGAGCUUGUCCUUCACGGUUCUUCAAGACAUCCCAGUAAGGGAUCUGAAACCAGCCAUAGUGAAAGUCUAUGAUUAUUAUGAGACAGAUGAGUUUGCCGUUGCUGAGUACAACGCUCCUUGCAGCAAAGACACUGGAAAUGCUUAAAGACCACAUCAAUGAAAACUGCUUUGCUGGAGUCCCUUUUCCACAGGCCCAGGUCUCCAUGGAAGAAAAGAGUUUUUAUAUCUCUGAAGGCUUGUUGAAUAAACCUU